CCGAGGAUCUGAGAGAGAGGAGACAGAGGGAGGGAGGGAGACAGAGAGGAGUUUCACUAUGCGGCCAGUCUGAAGGCAGUGAUUCUCUGCAGCCGCCACCAACUGUGUUCCUAGACGAUGGAAAUGGAUUUGAUCACCGCCUUGCACUUUCUGUAAGGAGGUUGCGCCUGGUUAAAGAUGAAUCGCUUGCACACGGCAUGGAAUGCAGCCUGAGCUGGUAUCAUUCAGAAUUCACUCCCCCGGCCGCCUUCCGAAAGAAACUUUUGUUGCUGCUCACCAUGCUGUUCCUGUGGCUCUACAUCUUCUACUCUUGUGCUGGCCUCUGCCUCUCAGUGCCCGGAUUGGGCUACACCAAGGACGGCGGCGGCAGCGAGCCGGGCGGCCUGAAGGUGUCAGCAGGAGGCAGUAUGUCUGAGCUAAGCUCGCAGCCACGGCAGGAGCCGGUUCUAUCCGCCGCCCGGGAGCGCCUGGUCUUCAGGUCGGCUUCCCGGGACCUGCUGCAGGAUGACCGGGUCGAGCUGACUGAGGAGAGCCCCACGGCCGAGGGCGGACACUCGCCCAAACCCUUCGAGUUCAACCUGGGAGGCUAUGGAGCCAAGAAGCUGCCUCAGGCGAUCAUCAUCGGCGUGAAGAAGGGAGGCACCCGGGCGCUACUCGAAUUCCUCCGGGUCCAUCCCGACGUCCGAGCUGUGGGGGCAGAGCCCCACUUUUUCGACAGACACUACGCCAACGGCAUGGAGUGGUAUCAGGAUCUGAUGCCUAAAACACUGGAUGGACAAAUCACCAUGGAGAAAACGCCAAGUUACUUUGUUACCAAGGAAGUAGCUGCCCGAAUCUAUGCAAUGUCCAAAGAUGCCAAGCUAAUAGUGGUGGUUCGGGAUCCUGUCACGCGGGCUAUUUCUGACUAUACGCAAACUCUCUCAAAGAAACCAGAUAUCCCCAGUUUUGAGAGCCUAACUUUCAAAAACAGGACUACAGGCCUGAUUGACACCUCAUGGAGUGCUAUUCAGAUUGGCAUCUAUGCCAAGCACUUAGAGAAUUGGCUACAGUACUUCCCAAUGCAUCAGAUUCUGUUUGUGAGUGGAGAGAGGCUGAUCAGUGACCCAGCAGGUGAACUAGGCAAAGUACAAGAUUUUCUGGGUCUGAAGAGAAUCAUCACAGACAAACAUUUCUAUUUCAACAAGACCAAGGGCUUCCCCUGCUUGAAGAAGCCAGAGGGCAGCAGCAAGCCCCACUGCCUGGGCAAAACAAAAGGCAGAACCCAUCCCAACAUUGACCCAGAGGUGGUUCAGAGGCUGAGGGACUUUUACCGGCCUUUCAACAUGAAGUUUUACCAAAUGACAGGACAGAACUUCGGCUGGGACUAAGGUCAAUUUAACCUCAUGUAAUUACAAUAAAGACAUGUGAAUUUAUUGCUAUAUAUAUAUGUAACUUGUACAGAAAUCUAUUUUAUAAUAAUUUAUUUUUAAUUCUUAAGCAAUUAAUUCACUAAGCUGCCUAACCACACUGUACAUAGAUCAGCCCAUAUCUUCUAACAUUCCACAGUUUUUAAUUGGAUUGUUCAUUGAUGGUGCUGUCAUUCAUCGAUUUUUAAGAUUUAAUAUCCAAAAGCACAACUUUUUGUUACGGGUAUUCAGUGUUCAUAGGGUCUAACAAUUGAGCAUUUGACUCCUUGCCUGUCUACAUUGGCUUCAUGCAGAAAGUUCUUGCUGUGAGUCUGCCAAAAAAGCAAAAUGUGAUCAUAUGGUACAAGUCAGCGCAGAGGCUGCACAUAACUGUUGAACAUAAAAUCUUGUUUGCUAUAUCUUGCUUAAAAUCAUUGGUUAUAAUAAAUAUAUUCAAGUCCUCUAAUGAAUAGCAAAUUACCAGUAUCUUGCUGCAUGAGGCCUUGUUUUGUCUUCUCUAGUUAAUCAUAAACCCACGUUCUGUUCAGUUCACAGCAUGACACUAUAGAUUAUCUCACCUCUCUGCAGAGUUUGUGCAAAUUGAGAAUCCCCGUACUGAUUCCAAAUAUGCCUGAACUGCUGUCUCUUCCUCCUCAUCAAUUUAUGACUAAAAUUGGAAAGACAUUCCCCCCUGCCAUUGUACUUAGGCAUUUAUAUUGUUCAUUUUGAUAACUGGAUUCUGACCUCUGGAUUGAAAAUUUUCCUCCUCUCUUUAACCCUAAUACCCAUAACGCCUAAUGACAAGAAAAUAGUUACAAUCAUUUGAUGAUGACCAGCAGUGAGACUGCCAUAAUGGCUUUGUAUGAGUACUGUAAAAAUUGAGUUGUCCAGUACUUUCAGAAGCCAUCUCUAAUCCUGCAGGCAUUCUCAUCUCUGUGGUGUUGUCAUUACAUAGUUAACUUCAAGACUCUACUUGUUUUUACAAAAAUGUUAAUUAAAUUCUGAAAAUGUAACAUGGUCAUGAAAUAACAGGGAGAAGUGAUGCCCUCAAUUCAAAAUACAACAUGUCAUGUUGCUGCCUGAACCAGUUGGUUCAAAUCUAAAUAUUGAUUUGCGCCAGAGAAAGGAUCGUGCAAGUAGUAUCGCAAAGCAGCACAAAAUACUUUGGCAACUGGCAAUAGGAAAGUUAUUUUCAGGAUUGAACCUCAACUCAAAUUGUGUCCGCGCAUUUCAUAAGUAAUAAAACAGCCUUUACAAAAGCAUGACUUAUUGUGUGUUCCUGUGGGAAUUGACUGUUUUCAAACCUUCACUGGAACUUAGUGUCUUUUUGGGCCUUGAGCAAGAAAUUAAAACCACAACAACCAUGAUGAUGAGAUCUGCAAUGAUGUUAUUCAAACCCAUUUCUGUGUUGUGCUAUGAACAAUAUGCUGCCUUUUUUUGAGAAAGGCGAGCUUCAAUCAACAUGUUUGUUAUUUAGCCUACAACCACACUGAUCUAUUAAGGUUAGUUAGAAUUUUUGUUAAUGAACAAAGCACAAUUUUUCACAUCUUUUUAUUUUGAUUUUUGUUAAGGUUCUCACUUUGCAUGGUAUCCUGUUUUAACCCAUAGAUUCAGGUCUUUGUCUUUUGAAAGUAAAGUUAUUUUUGCUUUUAAAAACAGAAAAUCUCAUCCAAGAUGCCACCUUUCAGUAAUUACAAUUGUUCCUGUACAAAAUGGAAGCUAUCUGUAACAUGCUAUGAUGUCUAAUGCACUGAGGCAGCAGCAAAGUGCUGUAUAGCAGUUUUGCCAUUAAAAUGAAUCACAUUAUCUGUUCAAUUCUGCCUAAAGUGUAAUAUCACAGCAUAUCCAAUCCAUUGUCUUCCGAAGGCUAAAUUUAUACCUUGAAAUGGUGGUUAGCUAUUGUAAUAGUAAAUGAGGUUGAGUUUUAUUCAGCCUGCAUUCAAAAGUAUGGAUAUUAGCAAAUUUCUUCUGAUAAUAUUGUACUUUAGAAUAGUUAAUAUGUAAAAAAAAGUAAAUCAAGUAUUUUGUGGUAUGUACAACAGAAAUUAAUUUUACACAGAUAAAAUGUUUCUUUCUAGGAUAUUGAACAAAAGCAUACUGUUUCUUAUUGUGAAGAAACAAAUAAAAUAUAUUUUACCAAA